GUAACCUAACCGUAAUUGUACCAUAACCUAAGAAAAUUAGUUGAGAAGAAUUUAUUCCUCUGUGGCUCUUUUUACCUCACAUCCUGACCAUGUUUGCCAGAAGGUACUUCUUUAAAUCUCUCUCCUUCUGUGGUCAUGUCGUCAAGUACGUCUGCAUUGCCCAUUGCACCUUUACUUAUGUCUUUGAUUUUGUUUUUUGCUCGGGACCAUCAAUGGAGCCCACAAUCUACUCCGGGGACAUCCUGCUCACGGAAAAGCUAAGCUGCCGGCGAAAUCGUAUCGAUAGGGGUGAUGUAAUAACCGCCAUAGCACCAACUCAUCCCUCCAAGAUAAUCUGCAAGAGAGUUUUUGCCGUCUCGGGAGAUCGUAUAGUCGCCGGGAUGCCCGGGAAUGCCAAUGACUCAAUCAGUAUCAAUGUAUCCGCAAUCACUGCCGAUGGAACGCCCCUGUCAGCCUCAGAUAGGGAGCGAAUAGAAUUAACAAAGAGCCGGAGAAAGAUUAUCAUCCCACGUGGGCACGUUUGGCUUGAGGGAGACAACAAAGAGAAUAGUGCUGAUUCCCGUUACUACGGUGCCAUUCCCCAAGGACUCAUAAAGAGUCGUGCCGUGGCACGCGUGUGGCCUCCGUCGGAAUUCAAAAUACUGUGAUGCUUCUCAAAUCUCUAAAACCAAAAGUCUUUAAUAUAAUUAUCUACUUGUCCCCCACAACAUUGGAAUCAUUUGCAUGUAUGAUGUGUCAUUUAUGGAUCUAAAGAAAAGAUAAAAAUACAUUUUAGGAAUCGC